AUGUGGCGAACACUAUGCGCUUUGUCGGCGAUAGCACUGCAGGUGCUGCCUACAGUCUCGGCUGGAGCUCAAACACACCAAUACUACACCACCAACGACGCCUUACUAUCUCAACCUAAUCCAUUCAGUCUGUACGAGAAGCGGCCGGAGGACUGCCCACCAUGCUUCAACUGUAAUCUGGACGACUUUGUCUGUCAACAAUACGCCAACUGUACCAAGAGCAGUGGAAAGUGCUCAUGUCCUCCCGGAUUUGGUGGCGAAGACUGCAGUGCACCGCUAUGCGGCUCAUUGGCCGAUGGCAAGGAUCGUGCACCAAGAGAGGGAGAGAAGUGCGAAUGCAAUGAAGGAUGGGAGGGCAUCAAUUGCAAUGUCUGCAAGUCGAACAACGCAUGUAAGGCUAUGCUGCCACCAGUCCAGGCAGAUGAUGCUGUGUGCUAUCGCGAGGGACUAGUGGUCAACGAGAACUACCAGAUGUGCGAUAUCACGAAUCGCAAAAUCUUGGACCAGUUGAAAGAGAAGAAGCCACAAGCUACCUUCAGCUGCAAUGCUCCGCGCAAAGAGUGCAAUUUCCAGUUCUGGGUCGAUCAGGUGGAAAGCUUCUACUGCGCAUUGGAUAAAUGCGAUUGGACUGCCGAAGCUACGGAGACACGGAACACGACAAGCUAUACAUGCCAGAAAGUGCGGUGUAGUUGUGUGCCGGGUCGCAUGCUCUGUGGAUCGGAGAACAGUAUCGAUAUCAGCGACUUUCUGGAUCAAGAGAUCAAAGGGCCUGCAUCUUUCACUACCGUGCGUACUGAAGGCGGGUCCGAAAAGGAUGGCUCCACAUUCUCCGAGCCUGCCAUGAACGGCCUCAUCUCUUCCGUCUUUGGUGAUGAAAGCAUCACACUUCAGUGCCACAGUGGCGAGUGCUUGUCCCGGCUGGAAGUCCCUGGCUACGAGAGACCCAUCAAAAAGAUCAACACCCCACUGAUUGCAGGUGUCAUCGCUGGCUGUGCACUAUUCAUUGUGGCUGUGAUCUUACUGGUCUUCUUCCUGAGCAGACGAAGCGCAGCACGACAUGGUCCAGUCUACCUCGGCGAUGAAGAGGAAGAGGAGAAUGCGAAGUUGCUGGCCGAUCACAAGCCUGCUGCGUUGUACUUCGAGAACGCAUCUUAUAACCUCAAAGGCAAACAGAUCCUGCAAGGCAUUACCGGUUCCGUACAUCCUGGUGAGCUUCUCGCCAUCAUGGGUGCAUCAGGUGCGGGCAAGACGUCAUUCUUGGACAUCCUCGCACGCAAGAGGAAGCGUGGUGUCGUGUCUGGUGAUUUCUGGCUGAACGGCGAGAAGGUUGGCGACGAGGAGUUCCGGUCCGUCACUGGUUUCGUAGAUCAGGAUGAUACUAUGAUGGCGACCUUGACUGUGCACGAGACUAUUCUCGAUUCUGCAUUGCUACGACUACCGAAAGAGAUGAGUGUCGCAGCAAAGACACAGAAAGUGGAGGACGUCGAGAGACAGCUUGGCAUCUAUCACAUUCGACAUCAGCUAAUAGGCUCUGAAGAAGGCAAUGGCCGUGGCAUCUCUGGUGGCGAGAAGCGCAGAGUCGGCAUUGCUUGCGAGCUUGUCACCAGUCCAAGCAUUCUCUUCCUAGACGAGCCUACUUCUGGACUCGAUGCGUACAACGCUUUCAAUGUCGUCGAGUGUCUCGUCACUCUGGUCAAGACAUAUAACAGGACUGUUGUCUUCACGAUCCAUCAGCCGCGAUCGAACAUUGUUGCGCUCUUCGACCAGCUCAUCUUGCUCGCGCAAGGCCGUGUCGUCUAUAGUGGACCUUUCGAGAAGUGCCAAAGCUAUUUCGAUAGCAUAGGCUACGCAUGUCCAUCCGGAUUCAACAUUGCGGACUAUCUCGUCGACCUAACAAUGCACGUUGGCGCGCCUGCAGACCCUGAUGAUGAGGUUGAGUAUCCCGCAGGCCUUGACGUAGACCGACGGUCAACAAGAGCCAGCUCGACUAUGGCUGUCAAGAGCAUCCCUAGCAUCAGUAACUCAAGUAUCGAGAACUCGAUCGGCUCUGGUGGCGAAAGCCAAAAUCAGCUGCGGCCGAAAAGUAAGCGAAAGACUAGCAUACGUCAACAGCAGGAACGACAGCUGUUCACGCGCAAGAACACAACCGACGCACCACCAAACAAUGCUGGCAGUAUAAGAAGUGAGGGUGAUAGCCUGAUCGGCGAAGAUGAGCGGCAACAUUGGGUGAAGAUGUCCAAACAGCACGGUCACCCGCCACCGCCAAUCAAUGAAGACACAAACGACCUUCCACCGACCAUUGCCGGCGCAACAGGCACUGACCUUGACCUCCUCUUGAUUGCCUACCACGACUCAGACGUGGCGGCCAAUCUUCGAGACGACAUUCACAACGCCGCCGAGACAGCCAACAGCAACGGUCAUACUGGAGCUGGCAUGAAUGGCAACGGGUCUCCAUAUCGAGGUAAAGUAAAAGGCUACCGCAAGCCCUGGCUGCACACACAGAUCGCCAUCCUCUCCCGUCGAACCUGGCGUAAUCUCUACCGCAACCCCAUGCUUAUGCUCACGCACUACGCCAUCGCCAUCGUGCUCGCAGUAUUCACCGGCGUCCUCUUCUACGGCCUCAGCUACGAUUUGGCAGGUUUCCAGAACAGACUCGGAUUCUUCUUCUUCAUGCUCGCGCUCUUCGGCUUCAGCACCCUUACCUCGCUCACUGUGUUCGCGCCAGAGCGACUACUGUUCGUCCGCGAGCGAGCGAAAGGCUACUAUCACCCCUUCGCCUACUACUUUAGCAAGAUGGUGUUUGACAUUGUGCCUUUACGGUUGAUCCCGCCACUUAUCAUGGGUGUGAUACUCUAUCCUAUGACUGGCCUUGUGCCUGCGUGGGCGGAGUUCUUCAAAUUUAUCCUUUUCCUCACUCUCUUCAACUUAGCGGCCGCGACCAUCAUCCUCUUUAUCGGCAUCUGUGUGAAGAACCAGGGAGUCGCCAACUUGUUUGGCGUUUUGGUCAUGCUAUUCAGUCUGCUAUUUGGCGGAUUCUUGCUCAAUCAGAAUACUAUUCCCAAAGCUGCUACUUGGCUGCAGUCGCUCUCCAUCUUCCACUACGCUUUCGAGGGCCUCAUUGUCAACGAGGCGAGGUAUCUGACUCUGGUCGACAACAAGUAUGGUCUAGAUAUUACGGUGCCCGGUUCAGCCAUCUUGUCGAGCUUCGGGUUCGAUACCCUGGCGCUAUGGCGGGACGCUAUUGGACUGUCCGUCUACUGUGGCGUAUUCCUGGUGCUGGGAUAUGCUGCUCUGCAUCUUUUCCUGGUCGAGACACGGUAG